AUGCCCCCGCCCCGCCGGCGGCAGCAGCAGCGGACGAAAUGUGGCCACCCUGACCCGGAGCCUUGUUCUCCGGUCCCACGGUCCCCCCUUCACCCACCCCCGCCACACACUCAGCAAGCUGGAGAGCAAAUUGCAGUUUUAAAUCCAAAGACGGAGGGAGGGGGAAGGAGGAGGGGGCGCGCGGCAGCGCUGGGCGCGCACCUCGCCCCCGAGCCGGGGGAGCCGCGGGGCGGCCAGGAAACCCGGGAACCCCCCCUCCCCGCGCCCCCUUCUCGUCCACCUCCCCCUCCCCCUUCCCGGCGCUGCCUGCCAGGCUUCGAGCCGCGCCCAGCCGAGCCUCGGGCCCCGGUGGAAACAAAGACCGAUCGCACCGCGGGCACCGCAGCCACGGGGUCCGGCGGACCGGACCCGGGCGCGCGGAGGGGGCGCAGAGCACCCCCGGUGCGCUGCACAAAAGAGCCCGGCCGGCCGGUCCCCAGAGGGGGUCUAGGGCUGGGGAGGAGGCGCCACUCACCGGAGUGCUGGGCUGCCGGCUCCGUUGGUCCGAGCCAGGCGAGGGGCUUUGGGGGGCGUCUGUCUUCCGGCCGCGGCAGCGACGCGGGCGCUCGGCAGCUUCGCCGCUCACCCUAA